AUGAAAUUUAAUAAAUUAUAUUUAUAUAAACUUGAAGGUCAAGAUAAGAAAUCAUCAGUAUAUAGUUUAAUAACACAUCCAGUUCCAAGUAUAGUUUUAGCGUACUUUUUUAUGGUUUUAGUUGUAGUAUGUCCAUUAUAUGAUGAAAGUGAACAAUUGACCAAAGGAAAUUUAAUAUAUUUAUUGGUAUAUUUACCAUGUGUAACAUUUUUUUGUUUUGCAGUAUUCUUCCCAUUGACAUUUACAUUUUUAAAUUUACCUAGAAUUCCAUUCAAUGUGAAAUCAACAUUUCUUUACCUAACGAUUUGGGUAUUCUUUUUAUCAUUUUGUCAUUUAGUUUUCAUGUUAAUUGGUAUAUUUCCAAUACCAUUCGAAUGGAUAAUCAUUUCAUUUGGUGUUGGUGUACCAUUGGUUUAUUUAUUAGUUUGGUUAAGUAUUUCAAAACAUGUUAAAUCUGGAAAAGAUACAAAUCAUUCAACAUUAGUAUCAGAAGUUUUAAAUGAAAAUUCAACAUCACAAUAUGGUAAUUAUAGUAGUAAUUCAUAUCGUCAUAAUCUUUAUCAAUAUGAAAAAAAUGGUGCAGAUAUUGAAUCACCACAGUUAUCAACAACAUCAGCAACAACAACAACUUCAAAUUUAACUCCACCAUCAAUGAUGUUUUAUAAAAAAGAUAGUAGUAAUAAUAAUAAUAUUAUUAAUACAAAUACUACUACUACUACUUCUACUACUAUUAAUAAUAGUAAUAGUAAUAUUAAUACACCAAUACAAAAAACUGAAUUCAUUAAUGAAACUUCACAAGUUGGUAUACCAUUAAAAGAAAUUUAUUCAUCAAGUCAAAUUAAUUCAAAUCCACUUUUAAUUGGUUUAAGUUUAAAUGAGUCAUCUCAACAACAACAUCAACAACCUCAACAACAACAACAACAACAACAAUUAAAACUUUCAAAAACAUUAUCAGAAUCACCAUCAAAAUCAAAUCCAAAAUCAUUAUCAAAUUCAUUCAUUCAAAAUUUAUGUGUAAAUGAUGGUGCAAAUGAAAAUAUUGAAGAAAUAAUUAAUAUUGAUAAACAUGUAAAUAAUAAUAUUAAUAAAAAUAAUAAGUGUAAUAAUAAUAAUAAUAAUAUAUCAAGUAAUAAUACAAGUAGCGUAAAUUUAAAUAAUUUAAAUACAAUUGGUGAUGAUAUUGAAGAAAAUGAUGGUGGUAAAAGUAUUGGUAGUAGUGUUUCAGGUUCACCAAGAUCAUCUAUUGAUAUUCCAUUCGAUUUAUCAAUUGAACCUGGUGGUAUAACUUCACCAAAAUUAAAUAGUUGUAAUAAUAGUAAUAAUAAUAAUAGUAAUGGAAGAAUCAUUGAAAUUCCAAAAUUAAAUAAUAAUGUAGAAUUUGAAAAUAAAAAAGAAUCAACAAAUACAACAUCAUUAGAUGAUAAUUUCAUUUCAGCAACAACCCCAAGAAAUUAUAAUUCAUCAACAAAUAAAAGUUUCUUUUCAAAAGAUGGUUUCUUUUUUAAAUGGUGGAUUGUAUCAUCAACGAUUAUUUUAGGUCCAUUUGGUUAUGCAAUUUUUCAUAUUUUCCUUUUUGCUUUCUAUAGUGUAACAAAUAAUAUUUUCCAAGUUAUUCUUAUCGUAUCUUUUCAAAUCAUUGUAUUUAUAUAUAAAUUAAUCUUUAGAUUAUCAUUUCAUAGAAUGAGAAGAAAUUUACCAAAUAUCCCAUUAAGAGUAUUUCAAGAUGGUAGAGUUUUAUUUUUAUUUUGGUUAGAAUUAAGUUCACAUUGUUUCUUUUCUAUGGUAUUUCCACAUGUCGGAGCAUGGUAUAUGAUUAUUAUUUAUUUGGCGUUGGAAGCUGUGACAUUGACAUUACAAAUAUUUGUUGAUACUAUUGCAUUUAGAAAUUGGUGUAUUAGAACAUUUGAAAAGUUGUAUGAACAUUUUUAUUUGAUAAAAUAUGAAGGUGUUUUAAUGUACAAUAUUUUAGGUCAAAAUGGUGAUUUGGAUAGAACAGUAUCAUUGGAGAUCUUUUUCUUUAAUACUGUUGCAAGAGCGUUAUCGGGUUUCGCAUAUAUUGUAUUCUCAUUAACAAUUUAUUAUGGACCAAAUCAAGAAUACUACCCAACUAUUAAAUCAUUAUCAGAAUUUAAUUAUUUUCUAACAUUAUUAUAUGCUUUUGCUUCAUUAACAACCGCUUUAAUUCAUAUGUACAUUUUUAAAAGAAUACUUAAACAUGUUUAUAAAAUUAAUUUAAUUAAAAGAGGUAUUCAAGUUUGGGGAAGAAAACCUGAUGUUGCUUUCUUUUUCAUUACAAAUUGUUUCAUAUUGCCACUUGUUGUAUUAUUACAACAAAAUAAUGCUGUUAGUUUUUUAAUUUCAAAUUUAAAUAAAUAA